AUGGCCAAGUUUCUCUCCGCCGCACAACUCCCACUCACCACCAUGGGCAAUGAUUCCGGUCUCUCGUCCAGCGACAACGAUGUCCCCGUCAACCAGGUAACAAGCUUCAAUGGAGUCCUGAAUCAAUUCGUGCACGUUUCGGAGACCGAGACCGGCACUUCGAGUUCCAGCUCCGCGAUGCAAGAAACAAAACGCCAGCUCGAUACCACAGCCGAUCUUGAUUCCGAUGCGCAGACGAUGCCGAAACGAAGAAGGGGAGCUCCGACUCCUACUCUAGCUAUGUCAAAAACCACCACAGUCGCAAAGACGACAUUGGAAUCGCCAGUCCCCCGUCGCCUCACCCGCUCCCAAUCCCGCUCAACCACACCCGCUUCGCCCUCAGUGCCAUCAAUCAGACCAGAACUCGACUCACCCUCACGCUCACCUUCAGCAAUAGCCUCAACCCUCCCAAGCACACCCUCGCCCACAAAACGCUCCCGCGGCCGCUCAACCCCACGCAAAGCCACCUCCUCACCCAUCUCCCUCCCAGCCUCAAGCUGCCUCCUCCGCGACACAAUCCCCGAAAACCUAAUCCUCCUCCUCGUGGGCGUGAACCCAGGCAUAAUGACCGGCACGACGGGCUUCGCCUACGCACACCCAUCAAACCUCUUCUGGAAACUCCUGCACGCCUCCGGCAUAACCUCCAUCCGCCAUCCUCCAUCCGACACCUACCGCUUGCCUGAGCUCUACAACGUCGGGAACACGAACAUCGUCGAGCGACCGACCCGCGACGCAAGCAUGCUCAGCAAGGCGGAGAUGGACGCCGGCGUGCCCGUGCUAGAGGCGAAAAUCGCGGAGAAGAAGCCGGCGGCUGUUUGUCUGGUCGGGAAGAGUAUCUGGGAGUCUGUGUGGAGGGCGCGGAAGGGGCGGAAUAUCAAGAAGGAGGAGUUUCGGUAUGGGUGGCAGGAUGGGGCGGAGAAUAUGGGGAGGACUGAGGAGUGGGAGGGGGCGAAGGUGUUUGUGGCUACGACGACGAGCGGGCUUGCGGCGGGGAUGUCGUAUGCGGAGAAGUUGGCUGUUUGGGAGGAGCUGGGGACGUGGGUUGGCAGUCGGCGAGAAGCUGGACAAGGUCAGGCUCAGGCUCAGGCUCAGGCUGAUGCUGAUGCUCAAGGUCAACUAAAGACUGAGGCUGAAGCGGAGGCUGUAGUCAAAGCUGAAGGUUCAGGUCCAGCUCCGACUCUGGCACCAUGA